CAUUCUUUUAUUUGUUAAGAUGGAGUGAAAAAUAUGGGAAUAUCGACUGUAUGUUGACUGGCAUCCCUAAUCAGAGAUAAAUCAAUAGCGGCGUGAUUUGUUUACAAAAAUGUUGAACUAAAUAUUUUGGGAGGCAAAGCAUAAUGCUCAAAGUUAAUUUUAAAUUGAGUGCAAUAUGGCAGUUGCUGUUCCUGUUGCUGUUGAUAAAAAGCGCAACGCUGCUGGCCUUCGCUUCCCAUGGGGAUCGCACACAAUUCUUUCAUAAUUGUCGGCAAAACUGCGAACGAACAAAUUGCUCAGCCGAUGGCUUAGAGAUACAGGAGCAAGCGGUUAGCUUUUAUGGCCAAACGAUAUUUGAUCGGCUCUUUGGAUGGCGCUGCACGGACGAAUGCUCCUAUGGCUGCAUGUGGCGCACGGUUUAUGCUUUCAUGGAGCGAGGCUGGCCCAUACCUCAGUUCUAUGGCAAAUGGCCCUUUAUAAGACUAUUUGGCAUGCAGGAGCCGGCAUCAGUUUUAUUCUCUGUUCUAAAUUUUAUCAUGCAUUUUCGUAUGUUGCGUAAAUUCAGGUGGCACGUGCGCCCAGAUAGUCCAUGCUAUAUGCUCGCCCAUAUCUUUGCUCUAGUCUGUCUUAAUGGCUGGAUUUGGUCUGCUAUAUUCCAUACUAGAGACUUUCCCGUAACCGAGCUGCUGGACUAUGCCUUCGCUUACUCAAUUGUUGUCUGUUCCUUUUACUGCAUGCUAAUGCGUAUGCUGCAUCGGUAUUCACUAUUCUUAAGGGGCGUCAUUACCUUGGCUUGCGUCUCAUACUACAUCAAUUACUUUGCCUAUCUGAGCUCGGGCAAAUUCAAUUACUCUUUCAAUAUGAAGGUAAAUGUUGCGACGGGCGUGGUCACGGCUGUGGGCUGGUUUAUCUGGUGUCAACGUGUGCGCACUCGAAGGCCGUACUUCAGACGUCUUUUACGGUUUUACGUGUUAUUCGCUAUGGCCAUGAGCCUGGAGCUGUUGGAUUUUCCGCCUAUCUUUUGGAUACUCGAUGCACACUCGCUAUGGCACUUAGCUACAGUUCCCAUAGUGCCAUUGUACUACGACUUUCUAAUUGAGGAUUGUCAGACUCUACGCAAAGAGAAAGAAAUGGUACAAUCCUAUCCCUACUUUAACAAGGACAUUUAGACAUUUAGAUUUAGUAGUAGAUAAAUGGUCGUUAUACUCGUCUUGUACUGUAUUGUAAAUGUAUUAUACAAACACACACAACA